CGUCCGAGCUACUGGACUGACCCUAACAAAGAUGGCGGGGGAGGCCUCAGUGAGGGCAGACUGAUUUUUAACACCCGAACCCGCGGCGGACCGCGGAGACAGUGGUAGCGGCGCGGCCCCGACCAUGGAGGAGGGCAGCAGCGCUGGCAGCGGUGGCAGCGGUGGCAGCGACAGCAGUACCAGCGGCAGUGGCGGCGCGCAGCAAAGGGAGCUGGAGCGCAUGGCUGAGGUCCUGGUCACCGGGGAGCAGUUACGGCUCCGACUGCAUGAAGAAAAGGUUAUUAAGGAUAGGCGACAUCAUCUCAAAACCUACCCAAACUGUUUUGUCGCAAAAGAACUGAUUGACUGGCUGAUUGAACACAAAGAGGCUUCUGACAGAGAGACGGCAAUUAAACUCAUGCAGAAAUUAGCAGACCGGGGCAUUAUCCAUCACGUGUGUGACGAGCAUAAGGAAUUCAAGGAUGUCAAACUCUUCUACCGCUUUAGAAAGGACGACGGCACCUUCCCACUGGACAACGAAGUGAAGGCCUUCAUGAGAGGACAGAGGCUGUAUGAGAAGCUAAUGAGCCCUGAAAACACACUCCUGCAGCCCAGGGAAGAGGAAGGGGUGAAGUAUGAGCGCACCUUCAUGGCGUCUGAAUUCCUGGAUUGGCUGGUUCAGGAGGGUGAGGCCACCACGAGGAAAGAGGCAGAACAGCUUUGCCACCGGCUCAUGGAGCACGGCAUCAUACAGCAUGUGUCCAACAAGCACCCGUUUGUGGACAGCAAUCUCCUCUACCAGUUCAGAAUGAACUUCCGGCGGAGGCGAAGACUGAUGGAGCUGCUCAAUGAGAAAUCCCCCUCCUCCCAGGAAACUCAUGACAGCCCCUUCUGCCUGAGGAAACAGAGCCAUGACAAUCGGAAAUCCACCAGUUUUAUGUCAGUCAGCCCCAGCAAGGAGAUCAAGAUCGUGUCGGCCGUGCGGAGGAGCAGCAUGAGCAGCUGCGGGAGCAGCGGCUACUUCAGCAGCAGCCCCACCCUCAGCAGCAGCCCCCCUGUGCUCUGCAACCCCAAAUCUGUGUUAAAAAGACCGGUCACUUCUGAGGAACUCCUGACUCCUGGGGCUCCAUAUGCGAGGAAGACGUUCACGAUUGUCGGUGACGCCGUUGGCUGGGGCUUUGUGGUGCGAGGAAGCAAGCCCUGCCACAUCCAGGCCGUGGACCCCAGCGGCCCCGCGGCUGCUGCGGGGAUGAAGGUCUGUCAGUUUGUCGUCUCUGUCAAUGGGCUGAACGUGCUGCAUGUCGACUACCGGACCGUGAGCAACCUGAUUCUGACGGGCCCACGGACGAUUGUCAUGGAGGUCAUGGAGGAGUUAGAGUGCUGAGCGACUGGCCCUCCCCGCCCUUCCCGUGGCCUGUGGAGGAUCAGAGGCAGAGCACAGAGCCAUGCAAUGACAAGACUUCAUAUAGAUGGAUGGCUUUGGACGUACAAGUCUUUUCUCCGUAUAUACACAUCCUAAUUUGAGUUUCAUACACUGUUUCAGUUUCAAUGUAAAAGAAUCAGGUAAUACAUCUUUAAAAAAAAACAAACAGAAAAAUCCCAACUACUGUCAACGUAAAAAAAGGUUUGAGAAAUAAUUUUUUUUACAUAGGAGCAUUGCCUUACUUGAUUUCUGUUUGCAGUUCUCAUCCGUUGUUUUUUUAAUCUUAGUUCACAGAAAGUUGUUGAAAUGCUUCUCUAGCCAAAACAGCCAUGUGCUAAAUUCCCCUUCAUGGGAGUCAAUAAAGUAGUUUUUACAGACUUGAAGUUGUACUGUCACCAAAAUGAGCAUGGGACUGUUUAUUAAGGGAGCUAGAUUUCACCGAACUUCAAAUUAAAGCAACAUCCAAAGGAAGAGUGCUUAUUAAUUGCCAUUUUGAAGGUUCUAAAGCAUUCAGAUACUUGAAAGCCAUCAAAAGUGGACUUUCUCUUAAUUCCUGCCUUUAGUAUCAACUUGUUACUUAACAUGUGCUUUUUUUGUUGUUGUUCUUUUUUUUAAUUGAAGUACAGUCAGUUACAACGUGUCAAUCUCUGGUGUAUAGCACAACGUCCCAGUCAUGCAUAUACAUACAUGUAUUUGUUUUCAUAUUUACCAUGUGUUUUCAAUUAUGGCAUUGGUCAGAAAACAAAACCUUUAUGAUGGUAUGGGUGGGGUAGGUGGGGAGAUACUACUUAAAACUAUGUGCUCUGUUUUCUCUUUCUGAGGCUAAAUCAUUGUGUUCUGUCAAUCAGCAACAGCAGCUUCUAGAAAUAAUCCUGAAUGUGUUGAAUGUCAAAACAGACAAGUUUGUAUAUACACAUAUAAUUCAAAAUCAAGCCUCUGGCAAGAUUUCACUUUGAAGUUGUCCCUUUUUAAGUGAAGUAUUCCAGAGCUUGUCUCAUAUGUGAUAAAACUUGAAACUAAAUUGCCUUAUUGGCUUGAGUUUUUACUAGUUUUCUAGGGUAACAUAUUCUAAGGACAUGACAUGACAUGCUGCUUGUUCAUUGGGAUUAUUUUUUCACUAAAAGCACCAUCUUGUAUUUGUAACUUUUCAGCUCAUUUGUGUGUAUACUUUUUUUGGGGGGGGUCUGGAAAAAAAUGCAUAUAGGGGCUUGGUGUGUAGAGGAAAUUCCUCCCAGUGCCAAAUUAGGGAGUCAGAGAAUGCUCAAUUCCUUUUAUUUUCCUAUAACACAUUCUGAAUGGCAAGGUUACUUUCUUAUCAUGUAUUAAUAACAUAGGAACGUUGGACCUCCGCCAUUUUUUGGUGAUAGGUUAUCACAAUGUAAUGGCACUGGUGGAACAGACAUACUGUGCAAAAGAUAUUACAUGUGUAUGUUUCUGGUGAUCCAGCUUUUCUGAUCUGUAGCUUUCGUCAGAGAAUAGGAUUUUGAAGAAAUACAAAAUGGCUGAAAGGAAUACUGUCCGUCCACAUUGGAGAAAUAUUGUCGCCUCCGUGUGUCUGUGCUUUUAUACUGUGCGCCAGGCUCUGCGCUACAUACACACAUGUUCUCUUUUAAUCCUCCUCACAGCCCUGCAAAGUAGGUAUCAUCACCCUCAUCUUUCAGACGUGGAAACCAAGUCUGAGCAAGUUUUAAAAUGGUCUCUAAGUUCACGCAGUUGCAAGAACUACCAAGCGGCAGAGCGUGGAUUCAAACACGAGUGUAUUUAAUGCUACAGCCCUCGUUACUCCCUCUCCCACUGGCCUCUCCCCCGAACCUUUCCCCAUGGAGGGACCUUCCUCUGAGGGCUUAUUCUGUACCCAGGGCUGUGCUAAAGCUGUGCGUUGCCUGUCCUUACUGACCUGUGACGUCAGUGUUGUCAUUGUCUCCAUUUUACAGCUGAGGAAACGGACUCAUAAAGAGGUGGGUCACGUGCCCAAGGACACGCAGCUAGUAAAUCGGAGGCCUUACCAUUAGGCUUAAAACAAAUGCAUGACCUCUCUAAAAAAAUGCGUCCUAAAUGCCUUCUGUCUCCAGGUGUUCAUUAAUGGACAGAAGACGAGGGGAAGCCUUUCAGGAGUGGCAUCUUCUUCUUGCCGGCUGCUUGUCCUUUUUACUCACCGCCUAAUGCCCGUCGUCUUGAAACUUGGCAUAACACCACUUCCCUUUAGCCAAUCUAAGCACCAGAGAAGCCUCUGUCUUUAUUUACUUGACGCAGCCUCCUGCCUGUGAAAUUUCUUUGAUUCAGAGAAAGUCAUUGAUGUCUUUGCUCAGAUGCAUACUAAAGUGAAGGAGGGAGGGAGGGAGAGGGGAAGGAAGACAGGAAGAAAUGUUUCCUCCUUUGGCUCCUAUUACCCUCAGCUUAAAGGUCAAAUGCCAGAGAAUUCUACUUAAAGCCAAGAGAGCAUCACUUGUAGCCCCAGCCCAACCCUGACAUCCUCACCCUGCAGGUAAAUUGGAUGCUCUCUUCCUAGGGGCUCCGAUCUAGCUCCCUCUGGCCUUUGCACAUGCGGUUUCUCCUCCCUGGAAUAUUAUUCUUUCCCCUUUUUGGCCUGGAAAUAUCUGUCUUAUGAACUCCCCUGAGAUAUUAUCUCCUUUGAGAAACCAGCAAUCUAGUUCUAGGAUUGAUGUUCCUUCUCUGAAUUCCCACGGACCCUUAAACACCAACCUCCUGUGGUUAUAGCAAUGAUGACAUAGACUUUGGAUUUGUCCCAUUACAUGUCUGACUCGCUAAUUACACUCUAAGCGUGGGCAGAACAGGACCUGUCUUGCUCCCCAGGUAUCCCCUUCACCCAGCAGAGUUCCUGACACAGAGCAGUGUCAGCCAUCCACUGCUGUCUAAUGAAGCAACUCAAAACAUAGCUUAUAACAUUAUUUGCUCCUAAUCCUAUGGGGUGGCCUUUGGGCAGAGCUCCAUCUGCUAGGAUGACCAGCCACUGCUUGAUGUGGUACUGGUUGGGUUCACACAAACAUCUGUGGUCAGGGAGCAUGUUGGUUGGGGGCUGGCUGAUCUUGGAUGCCUUUGUGCAGGUAUCUGGCUUUUGGCUGGGGUGUCUCAGUUCCACUUCACAUAGCCUUUCCCCACAGCUAGUCCAGGCUUCCUCAUUAGACCUCAAGAGCUCAAAGAGGGAGAGAAUGGAAUCUGCAAGAUCCUUUGUGGACGUGCUUGGAAGUCACGCAGUGUCACCACCAUUGCACUUUGUUGGCCAAAGCAAGCCACAAAGCUAGCUCAGAAUCAAGAAGGAAAACAGACUCUCCCUUUUGGUGAGAGAAGCUGCAAAGAAUCUGUGGCCAUUUUCAAUCCCCCAAGGGGAGGUACUCACUGGUUUUUGAGUAAAGGACCAAGAAGCUCCCUAGUUACUGGAAGGCUUCAGCUACCCAGAUUAAAUCACUACGACCAACCACUGGGUAGAAAUAGAACAUUUAGUUGUGGAUAAAGCCCCGUGCCUAAUGAAAACUUCAAAGUCAGAAAAUCCUAAAAUAAUAGUGUUACAUGGAGCCAUGGAGAGCACGGUUUUUAUUCUUUUCACUUUGCUGAGGAGGAAACAGGUGUGGAAAGGUCAAGUGGCACACCCAAACCCAUGAGGCUUGUUGGGGCCAGAGCCUCGGCCAGACAUCAGGCCCCUGCCCUGCAAUCUUAUGUCCUUUACAGUCUCGCCUCCUGCAGUGGAGGGCAGUGCAGUGAAAAUAGGCCUCUGGCUUUGGGUUAUUCAUACAAUGCAGUUGUGCAAUGUACCUGUGACGGCAAAAUGUGUAUAUUUUAACUCAGGCGUUGGGUUGUUUAAUCGCAUCACUAAAAAAAUAAAUAUUUUGUAUGAUAUUUUGACAGUGGAACUGCUUUAAAAUUCAGAAACUCCAUUCCUAACUGCAAUAUCAAGAAUUAUUCUAAAUGAACAGUAAGCGUAUUUUCUAAGAGCUUUUAUUUCCUACAUAUGCGUGUCUGUGUGUAUCAGUAUAUUGCGUGUGAGAGUUCACUCAUGGAGAGUUCAAAGAAAUGGCUUUCUUUGUUCCUAGGGAAAACACUUUUGAUUUUUCAGGGUUUCUGUAAUGUGUCUGUGUAUUCGUGAUAGAGAUGGAAGUCGUUUUUUGUGAAUUCAUUAGCAUAGUAUGUGCUGUCAGUGCAAAUUUGAAAGCCAUGUUGGUUGAUUCAGCUGUAGAGAGAAAAAUGCAGCUGCCUUUGGGGUUCAUUCUGUGAUCUGAUGUUUUCUUAUUAAUCUCUGUUAAAUAAUUGUAUAAACUGAUAAAUUUAGUUGACAAAUGGGUGGGCAACAUGAAGAAGAUAUCCAUGUUUGAGUAGAUUAGAUGCGAUCAGCUUCACACUACCUUAUAAAAGGUGAAUGCAUUGGAGUGGUAGGAAUUAAUAAUUUACAAAUCAUUGCUUUUAGUCCAGAAUAGAGUCUCAUAUUUCCAAAUACUCAUUCCUUUCAAAUAUGUUGUGAAAAAUCACCUGAUUUCAUUAUAUUAACUAUUAUAUUAACAUAUAUUCACUAUUCUCUCCUGUUGAAUAUUAAUCCUGUGUCAUUUUGAUUAUAAAUGAUCAGAAUAACUCUAGAACAUUUCAGUUUUGCUAAUUGGUUAGAUUCUAUUGGUGUCACUGCCCAUGGUUUUACUCAUUUAAGGCAGAAUUCCAGUGGUAAUAUGUUUUCCCUCCGUCCAAUACCAAAAGCAUAAAUCCACAGUGUACCAAAAUAAAGUUCAUAAUCAAAGUUAGUAUAUGGUAUUGUCAAAUGCAUUAAUAUAUGCACUUAAUAUAUAUGUUUAUUUUUAAAUUAGGUAGAAAUUUAUUUUCUCCCUUUCCUACAAAUUAUAGCAAAAUACUUAAAAUUAUAAUAUGAAAAUAGACAGUCUAGCAUGAAAUAAAUGUUAAAAUUUUUAAACACUGACUUUAGGGUUUCAGCUUUUCCUGUCUUUUAGAACAAAUUAGCCAUUUUUUAAUCCUAAAAAAGGGCUGCAUUAUAAAGCUGAUCUACAAUGCACCUAUCAGAGAAAACACAUGGGACUCAUAUCCAACUCUCUAAUGUAGCCAGAAGUGCCAUUUGUAAAACUACUUAAUGAUGGAUGUUUUCUGAAGCCCUUUUGCCUGGAGGGAAAAAAAAAGUGCAUUAAAAGCUUUUUCUGUACUGUA